CUAGCGAGCCCGGCGGACGCUCCCGGGCCCGGCCCUGGCAUCGGCAUCGCGGGCUGCAUCGCGGCCAUGGCCAAGGAGCAGCGGAGGGCGGUCCUGGAGCUGCUGCAGCGGCCGGAGAACGUGCGCUGCGCCGACUGCGGCGCCCCGGAUCCCGACUGGGCUUCCUAUACCCUGGGAGUGUUCAUCUGUCUGAGCUGCUCGGGAAUUCACCGGAACAUCCCCCAGGUCAGCAAGGUGAAGUCAGUCCGCCUGGACGCCUGGGAUGAGGCCCAAGUGGAGUUCAUGGCCUCCCACGGGAAUGAUGCCGCAAGAGCCACAUUUGAGUCCAAAGUGCCCUCUUUCUACUACCGGCCCACGUUUUCCGACUGCCAACUCCUGCGGGAGCAGUGGAUCCGUGCCAAGUACGAGCGGCAGGAGUUCGUCCACCCCGAGAAGCAGGAGCCCUACUCGGCAGGAUACCGUGAGGGCCUUCUCUGGAAGCGUGGCCGGGACAAUGGGCAGUUUUUAAGCCGGAAAUUUGUGCUGACAGAACGAGAGGGGGCCCUGAAGUAUUUCAACAGAAAUGACGCCAAGGAUCCCAAAGCCAUCAUGAAGAUCGAGCAUCUCAACGCAACCUUCCAGCCGGCCAAGAUUGGCCACCCCCACGGCCUGCAGGUCACCUACUUGAAGGACAACAGCACCCGCAACAUCUUCAUCUACCAUGAGGACGGGAAGGAGAUCGUGGACUGGUUCAAUGCUCUCCGAGCCGCCCGCUUCCACUACCUGCAGGUGGCCUUCCCGGGGGCCAGUGACGCAGACCUGGUGCCGAAGCUCUCCAGGAACUACCUGAAGGAAGGCUACAUGGAGAAAACAGGGCCCAAGCAAACAGAAGGCUUCCGGAAGCGCUGGUUCACCAUGGAUGACCGGAGGCUCAUGUAUUUCAAAGACCCCCUGGACGCUUUCGCCCGAGGGGAAGUCUUCAUCGGCAGCAAGGAGAGUGGCUACACGGUGCUGGAAGGGCUCCCGCCAUCCACCCAGGGCCACCACUGGCUGCACGGCAUCACCAUCGUCACGCCUGAUCGCAAGUUCCUGUUCACCUGCGAGACGGAGUCGGACCAGAGGGAGUGGGUGGAGGCUUUUCGGAAGGUGGUGGACAGGCCCAUGCUGCCCCAGGAGUAUGCAGUGGAAGCCCACUUCAAGCAUAAACCGUAGGAAGAAAUUGUUUGGAGGCCCAAGGACACUGGACUCAUUGUAAUGGGGCUGGCGAAGAGGUGGCCAGACUGUGCAGGGCCCACAGAUGGAGGGAGCCCGGCAUCCCGACGAGGCCAGCUGUCCUGGCCCUGAGCAGAGCCCUGGCACAGCCAGGUAGGACCUAAGCUUUAGCCACCAGGACCAGUUUCUCUGGAACCUCGUCGCGGGCAGACGCGACCCGAGGCCUGGCCUGACCUCUGACCCGCCAUGCUGCUGCUGACCACACCCAGCUGACCUGCUCCCCUCCCUGCCCACCGGACCCCCUUCUUUUGAGGGCCCUGCCUGGCCUGCCAGCUCAGGGGCAGCCCCAGCAGCCCUCACAAACUCUUGCUGCCACCCGCCUGUGACCAGCACAGCUGGGCUGCUGAGACAGCGGGCAGCAGGGCCGGCCUGUCCGCUGAGGACUCUGGGACCGGCCUGCAUGCCUACCCUGCCCCUUCCUUGUCCUGCCCUGACUCAGCCCAGCCGGCCCUGGCUGGGCCCCUUCCCCAACAAGUAUUUAUUGAGCACCUGCUGUGUGUUGGUCCUGGGGGUUGGAGUGGAAAACUCGGCCUUAUCCUCAAGGAGCUGACCCAGUUGGGGGCGGUUUUCUAGGUGGAGUGAACUGUGUGCAGAGGUCCUGGGGGUUCCCCACCGGCUGCGGCCCCUCCAGUGCUCCUGGUCCCAGGGCUGGUCAGCACCCGGGGCCCUGAGGCACUUGGUUUGGAGCGGGAGGGUGACCGGAGGCUCAGCAGGGGCUGCCCGUGGGCGCCCAGCAGUCCUGACGUAGGAGGCUGGUGCGGCCGCCCAUCUGCUUGCUGGCAUCUGUGUGCCCAUCUUGGUGCUUGCCACUGACCAGCGACUCACGCCCUCCGGCCCUGACCUGUGGUCUUUGAGCCAUUUGAGAAUGAUGGCUUGAGCUGCAGUGAGGCCACCAGAGGAGGGGUGGCCCUGGAACCCAGCUCACACCCUCUCCUUCCCCCACCCCAGGGGAGAAGUCCGGGCAUUUCCCCCUGGACUGCAGCUCGCUGCUGGCAGGCCAGUAGUUGAAGCCACCAUGUAUUUAUUUCUCACCCCAUCUUCCUGUGAAGUGCCCUGGCUGUCCAGAACAGGGCUAGGCUCCGAGGGCUCCCCUUGCGUGGGACCCAUGUAAGGCACGUCCUGGCUAUCUGGGCAGGCUGGGUGGAGCAUGUAGGUGGGGGAUGCACCUGCCAGUGACCUGGGCGGCCCCAGCCCUCUCCCAGCCCUGCCUGGCAGAACUGUGCCCCAGGGCAACCCUCACAAGCCCUCGAGGGGACAGGAGAGGGUUCCCGAGGCCGGGAAUCCUGCCACCCCUUGUCACAUCCUGGAAUAAAGUGUGGCUCUGGCGUGGUCUUA